CAGCAGCCAUCGCUCUUUGCAGUUUGGUGUCGGAGUGAGUAGGGCCGACGCUAGGCAAGGAAAUGUGUUCUCUCCAAUCGCAGACCCUAUAAGAUUUGGCUAUGUCCUUCAUAUUUGACUGGAUUUACAGUGGUUUCAGCAGUGUGCCACAGUUUUUAGGAUUAUAUAAGAAAACUGGUAAAUUGGUAUUUCUUGGAUUGGAUAAUGUGGGAAAAACAACAUUGCUACACAUGCUAAAAGAUGACGGACUUGGACAACAUGUCCCAAUGUUACAUCCCACUUCAGAAGAACUAACCAUUGCUGGCAUGACCUUUACAACUUUUGAUCUGGGUGGACAUGUUCAAGCUCGAAGAGUGUGGAAAAACUACCUUCCUGCUAUCAAUGGCACUGUAUUUCUGGUAGAUUGUGUAGACCAUGAAAGGCUGUUCGAAUCAAAAGAAGAACUUGAUUCACUAAUGACAGAUGAAACUGUUGCUAAUGUGCCUAUACUGAUUCUUGGGAAUAAGAUUGACAGACCUGAAGCCAUCAGUGAAGAGAGGUUGCGAGAGAUGUUUGGUUUAUAUGGUCAGACAACAGGAAAGGGCAGUGUGUCUCCGAAAGAACUGAAUGCCCAGCCCUUAGAAGUUUUCAUGUGUAGUGUGCUCCAAAGACAAGGCUAUGGAGAAGGCUUCCGCUGGAUGGCGCAGUACGUUGAUUAACACCAGCCCGCAUCGGUUCAAGGUCUCACCAUUCAGGCCUACUCAGAGAUUUGAUCACUCAACAUGCAUAACUUGAAUUCGAUAGACUUUUGUUGGUUAGAAAACAGAUGUUUUUUAGAUUAUUAAUAUUUUAUCAACCUAAUUUGAGUUAGAAUUGAAAACUGAUUCUAGUAAGCUUGACUAUCACAAUGUUAGCUUUCUAAUUCCAUAAAAAUAAUUAGUUUCUACAGUUUAUAAUCUGACAUUACCCCCAGCACCAUUUUUAAAGAGCAACUUUCCAGACUACAUUUGAAGCACUUUUUAACAAUAUGAAACUACAAAUGUAAACCAUAUUUAAAAGUUCAUCAUGUUAAAUUUUUUAUGUACUUUUUUGGAACUAGUUUUUAAAUUUUAGAUUAUGUGUCCAUUUAUCUUAAGUGAACAGUUAAUAAUUAGCUUAUUGAUGACUGCAUGAUGCCUUACAGUUUUCAUUAUUUUUUCUUAUGCAAACGUCAUGCAAUAAAGCCAACCCUAAUAUUUG